AUGGCCAAGGUAAAAAGCAAAAACGCCGUCGUCAAAUUGGUUUCUACAGCUGCAACGGGUUUCUCUCGUCAUGUCAUGAUUACCAGAGGAGCUCCAUUGGUGACACAGGUGCGUUACGAUCCCGUUGCUAAGAGGCACGUCCUGUUCAAAGAGGCAAAGAAGAGGAAAGUCGCGGAGCGGAAGCCUCUGGACUUUUUUAGAACGGUGAGGUGA